AUGGAACUCAAGCUCGUCUACCGUGCCCUGCGUAAGAUAUCCGACUGGGCGCUGUCCGAGUUCUACUCGGAAGUGUAUGUCGAAGGACAACACAACGUUCCAGAGGCUGGUCCUCUAAUAAUCGUCGCGUCGCAUCACAACGAAAUGAUAGACAUUGCUACUCUCGCGGCCACCAUCCCGUACAGACGACACCUAUGUUUCUGGGCAAAGUCUACAAUGUUCAAGAAUCCCCUCUCGCGCGUGAUCCUGACGUCCUCAGGCGCCAUCCCAGUGUACCGCAACCCGAACUCCAACUCGGCCGCACGCACUCCGUCCGCGAAGUCGCUCUUUGACAGUACCUCGGAGACGCUCGCGAAGGGGGAGGUCAUUGGCGUGUUCCCGGAAGGGACGAGUUACACCGAGCCGCGGAUCGCGCAGGUGAAAGAGGGCGCGGCGUGGGCGGCGGUGGAGUAUGUGCGGUGGGCGAAGGAACAUGGCAGAGACGGUACGGACCUCGUGAUCGUGCCCGUUGGGAUUGUCUAUACGGAUAAGUCGAAAUAUCAGAGUCGGUUGACGUUUUUCCGCAGGUAUGGCGAGCCCAUCCGCCUUUCUCCAUACUCCCAGCCCAUCCCAGCUUUGGAAGGCUCAAACAAUGACUCCGAGGAGGAUGCUCGUCGUAUUGUCAAAGAAUUGACCGCAGAAAUAGAGAAGCGGAUUAUUGAGUUGACGGUAAAUGCACCAGAUUGGGAUACACUAUAUGUCUCUCGGAUGGCACGAGACCUGCUAUGGCCUCGGGAUACCGAUAUACCUUUGAAGGAUUUCGUAGGAACGUCACAAAGGUGCGUUCAAGCGGGAGGGCGCAGGUGCAGAACCACUGGGCCAACCACGCAAAUCAAGCAAGCGCUGCUGAAAUACUAUUCUUUACUCCACUACACGGGCUUAGACCACACAACACUAUCAUCCAUCCUCCCGAGUCCGUCUCCAGGGACAGACGAGCGAGCUCCCCUCCUCCCUGCGAACACACCAGGAACAUCCCUCGUGACUGCAAGGAGCGCCCUCCGGAUAUUCGUCUGCAAUGCACUGGUUACAUUCCUUUACCCUCGUUUUAUUCUCUUCCUCCCGCCGUUUGUGGUCCAUAUCCCUGCAUACGUCAUGGGUAAGCUUGCUGCCCGCUUCCUCGCUACCCCGGGCGAAGAAGAGGGCAUCGCGCAAUACAAGACUAUCGUCGGCGGGGAAGUACUUGGUACAAUUACUACCGCCUAUGUCGUGGGGUGGGCGCUUCGCCUGGUCGCCUCGUACAAACUCCUCGGGGGUCUGCUCUCUCCGCGUGCUUCAGACGUGUCCCCUGCCGAACUCCCUCACUACUGUACUCCACCCCCACCCGUGGUCAACCCAUUCAUCAAGCGUCGCCCCGUGGACGGACAAGUACCGCAGGUUCCAUCCGCAUGGAACGAAGUGAAACCCGUCUCAUCUAGGCGACUUAUGCGGCAUUUGCUCGCUGCUAGAGCUGAAGCCGCGGAAGCUCUGCGACGGUACCCUGUGUCACCAGUCACCGUAUCUCAUUAG